AUGGCGCUGGCCCAGGAGCUGUAUGACACCCCUGCCUGUAGGCUAGACUCCUUCGUGGCUCAGUGGCUGCAGCCCCGCCGGGAAUGGAAGGAAGAGGUGAUGGGGGCAGUGCGAACCGUGGAGAAGUUCCUGAGGGAGGAGCACUUCCAGGGCGACGGGCUGGACCAGGAGGUGCGGGUGCUGAAGGUGCUCAAGGUGGGCUCCUUUGGGAAUGGCACGGUGCUCAGGAAUGCUGCAGAGGUGGAGUUGGUGGUGUUCCUGAGCUGUUUCUGCAGCUUCCAGGAAGAGGCCAGGUACCACCAAGCUGUUCUGAGGCUGAUACGGAAAAAACUGUGGCGUUGCCAGGACCUGCUGGCCCUCGGGUUGGAGGACAUGUGGGUGGCCCGAGGAGUCCCCGACGCUCUUGUCUUCACCCUCCAGACCAAAGGGAUCGUGGGGCUCAUCACCAUCACCAUUGUGCCUGCUUACAAGGCCCUAGGGCCUUUGGCUUCCAACUUGCAGCCACCUCCUGAUGUCUAUGUGAGUCUGAUUAAGGCCCACGGAUACCCUGGAAAUUUCUCUCCAUCCUUCAGUGAGCUACAGAGAAACUUCGUGAAACAUCGGCCAACCAAGCUGAAAAGCCUCCUGAGGCUGGUAAAACACUGGUACCUGCAGUAUGUGAAAGCCAAGUGCCCCAGAGCCAACCUGCCUCCUCUCUAUGCCCUCGAACUACUGACCGUCUAUGCCUGGGAAAUGGGUACUCAGGAGGAUGAGAAUUUCAGGUUGGAUGAAGGCCUUACCACUGUGAUGGAACUGCUCCAGGCGUAUGAGUUUGUCUGCAUCUACUGGACCAAGUACUAUGCCUUCCAGAACCUAGUCAUCGAGAACUUUGUCAGAAAACAGCUCCAGAAAGAGAGACCCAUCAUCCUGGAUCCAGCUGACCCCACUCAAAACGUGGCGGAAGGAUACAGAUGGGACAUAGUCGCUCAGAGGGCCUGCCAGUGCCUGAAACAGGACUGUUGCUAUGACAACCAGGGGAUCCCGGUCACCAGCUGGAACGUGAAGAGGGCACGAGACAUCCAGGUGACAGUGGAGCAGUGCGGUUACUUAGACCUGAUCCUCUGGGUAGACCCUUAUGAGCCCAUAAAGAAGAUUAAGAAGAAAAUCCAGCAGAACCGGGGCUACUCAGGCCUGCAGCGUCUGUCCUUCCAGGAGCCCAGUGGCCAACGGCAGCUCCUCAGCAGCCACUGCUCCUUGGCUUAUUAUGGGAUCUUCUCCAACAUCCGCAUCUAUCUGCUGGAGACUUUCUCCCCUGAGAUUCAGGUCUUUGUGAAGAAUCCAGACGGUGGGAGCGACGCCUAUGCCAUCAAUCCCAGCAACUGCAUCCUGAGCCUAAAAGAGCAGAUUGAAGACAACUUUGGGCUGCCCAGAAAGCAGCAGCAGCUCGAGUUCCAAGGCCAAGUCCUGCAGGAUUGGUUGGAUUUUGUGGGCUAUGGCAUCCAAGACAGUGACACCCUUUUCCUCUCUAAGAAAAGAGCCAGAGAGGCUCCAUUUCCACCCAGCUAAUUUCCUCUGAGAAACUUCUCUGUGCAUCGAAUCUGUCACCGAAUCCAGAACUCAUCCUGUCAACCAUGCCUCCCAGUUCUCUGCAAAGAAGCCCCAUGUCUUAACCAGCUUUGUAAUAGUUACCUAGCCCUACUGUUGGGGGAGUGGGGAGGGGUGUGAGAGACUGAAUAUACACACAGACAAUGGCCAGACUAUAUACAGUGAAA